UUCCAGUCAGCACUCAUAGCCAGCCACAGCCAGUGCCUGCCUCUACAUAUAUUAUAUGUGCUCUGUACACCAGCGAUAUUAUACAUAUACACAUAUUACUACUACCACUACUAGUAGGCCAUCGUCAGUGCGGCAACUGAGGAGAGUCUCGUUUUCCAGGGUGUGUGCGUUGCUGUCCGUGCUGUGCAGCUCGCGAUAUUGUCGUUCACUGGCGUGUCUACACGGCUGAUCUCUCUUUCUGACUUUCUUGUGACCGCUGCAUCGUGUGCAGCGAAUCCAGUGAGAAAAGCCCAGUGCGUUUGCCGUAGUUACUUAACAGUUACACAGAAGUCGGAUCUCGCCGAGAGGACCCGCUUCCAUCGUAAACGACCAAAAUGCAGGCGAUCAAAUGCGUUGUUGUGGGUGACGGUGCCGUGGGUAAAACUUGUUUACUCAUCAGUUACACUACUAAUGCAUUUCCCGGGGAAUACAUACCUACUGUGUUUGACAACUAUUCUGCCAAUGUUAUGGUUGAUGGAAAGCCAAUCAACUUAGGUCUUUGGGACACAGCUGGUCAAGAAGAUUAUGAUAGAUUAAGACCUUUGUCUUAUCCACAAACUGAUGUAUUUCUCAUUUGCUUUUCAUUGGUAAAUCCAGCCAGUUUUGAAAAUGUCAGAGCUAAGUGGUAUCCAGAAGUACGUCACCAUUGUCCAGCAACUCCUAUUAUACUGGUUGGAACAAAACUUGAUUUGCGUGAAGAUAAAGAAACUAUUGAACGGCUGAAAGAUAAAAAACUUGCUCCUAUAACUUAUCCUCAGGGAUUAACUAUGGCUAAAGAAAUCGGCGCUGUCAAGUACCUCGAGUGUUCUGCUUUAACGCAAAAGGGACUGAAAACGGUAUUUGAUGAGGCGAUUCGUGCCGUCCUCUGUCCCGUUCUACAGGUGAAACCGAAGCGCAAGUGUUGUCUCCUAUAAUAUUAAAUGUUCCGCGUCGCCGCUAAUAUACGAAAAAAAAAAUAUCAAAUGUGUUAAGUGUGUGAAAUAACACCACAAAUGGAAGGUAAAACGUGUUGAAACGUCGAUCUACAUCUUCCAUUAGACAUGCUCUUUGAAAGUACUGACGCUGUUAUAGUUAAUUAACGUCAAAUUGCACAAACAACCAGUUAAAACAGCCAAUCCUCUCCCCUCUUUCUCAACUUUUUGAAAACGAAAAAUUUCACUCCAACAACUAUCAUAAUAUCAAAUUUCAAAAAAUAAAUACGAGAGCGAGAUAAUUUAGACAAAUUAUUGUUAUCGUGCCGAAAUGCAGAAUGGAACUUAUUCCUUUGCACGUCGACGUAGCAUCAAUGAUGUCCGAAGUCUUCAAAUUUCUAAAGGGUAAUAAUGUUGUCAUGAAUCAAUACACAUCUCGCCUUCGUUAAUAUAUUGGAAUUUCGCUCGUUUACGGUAAUGAAAUAUUGAAAAUUCAAUGAUAAAAAAUUUUUAAAAAUAAUAAAGCGCCUCGAUGUAAAAGCGUUUAUGUACAGUAUACUAGAGUAUAUUAAUAAUAAUAACUGAAUAUCUAUGAAACGGUAAGAAAUAAAUUAUAUAUAUAAAAAUUAUAUUAUAUGAUACAUUCACGCUCUAAAAUAGACGACUACGUAAGUUGACUGUGUAAUUUCUCAUAGGGUAGGCAAAGAAAGCGUGAAAAUCGUAUGCGUCUGUGUAUAGAGUGAGAGAUGUUAGCUCCAAACUGCUUAUUUAUCUUGAAUACUGCUUCGAAUACUACCAACUCUGUGAUCUAAACGCACAAUGUGCUUUAAGCGCACAAAGAUAAUUUUUGUAGGUAGAUGCAAGCAGCUUGAAAAGUUUACCAACGAGAACAUUUUCUCGAAAAAACAAAUUUAAUAGAAAAGCUGGGGCGAUAGAGUGCAUGUUUGUUAAUUUUGAUGUAAAUCAAAGAAUUAAUUAUUGAGUGUUUGCUUGAUCGAACACUUGGAAAGAAUCAAACUGUAUGAGGCUUAACAAGAAACAAUUGAGGAAGCGAUAAAUAAAUAAAAAAUUUAUACAUUUAAUUGUAAAUAAUGGUUAAAGUUCAAACUCGAUCCUACUUGCUAUAAUCGGCUAUACCUUAUUAAGCUAAAAAUGAUUGAAUCUUAUUGUUUUUUUUAAAGUUACUUGUUUUUUAUAUAUAUAUUUAGCAAAAAAAAAUGGCAUAUGUAACAUCCAAGACUGGGCUGAUGAGUUUGAUCAAAUUUAUGUGUAAAUUGCCAUUUUACAUGUUUUUUUAACAAAAAGGAAGAAAGAAAAAACAAUAAUGAAAAGAUAUAAUCGUUUCAGUCCUGAAACUAUAAAUCAUUUAUUGCUAUUAACAUUGAUCUUUUUCAAGUGAGUGUUAAAAAUGAAUGAAAUUGAGUCAUUUCAGAAUGUUCAAUUUUCGUCUUUAAAAUGUAAGCAAAUAAUUUUUUUUUAUUUUAUACAAUUUACACAUUUCUGCAUAGAUUUUAUCUAUAAACUAAUUAUUUAUAAAAUAAAUACCAAUAUCAAGUCA